CUUGUUCUUCAUUUUUUUCUCCAACAAUCGAUGAAGAAAUUACAGCCUCCCACUUCAAAUUCGGUGACGCUCCAAAUCCUUCUACUCUCAAGCUGCUCAUUCCUUCCGUUUUUUUCUUUUCUCGGCCUCAAAAUCGAUGAUGUUCCAUAUUGUCAAAGAGGGGACAGAUCUAGUCACGAGUUUUAUCAUGGUGGUAGUGGGUGGUAAUCGACACCAGUUCCGAGAAAGAAGAGUUAGAAGACAAUGAAGGGAGAAAAGAAAGUGAAGAAAGUCGUAAUUGUAUAUAUAUAUUGAGAUUACCACACUAUACCAUAUGGUAACAAAAUGUAUUUUUAUGAAUAUCAUGUUUUUACUAUGUUCGUAGAGGGUUGUAAUUAAUUUACAUGGUUUUAUCUUCUCAUACCAUGUGGUAUUAUAUGGUAAUUAUAAUUAAUUUGUGG